AUGGCAGCCGUCGCUGCCUUCAUGGGGUACGUACACUGGCUGACCAGCGACAACGACGACUCGCGCUGCCUCCCUUACACAGCCAUUCCCCAAACAUCUCAAUCCCCGCCGGCCCGUCUCCCCUAUAAGAAGGAUGUUGACACUGUAAUCGUAAUCAUUUGCGUGGGAACGGUACACGCGAUCACUGUCUGCAUAUUCUACUUCCUCUCUACCCUCGACCCCGAAACAGACAACACGGUUAUGUUCGGAUUGGACGGUAUAACCAUGUUCGGCACCGGGAUCUUUCUCACGUAUUUCACUAUGUACGAAGGUUCUUUAUGUACAUGCCGAAUCUUGAGCGGAUGUGUCGCGGCGGCCUUGUGGGGGCUAUUUGUGGCGAUACACUGGGGCCCGCCGGGGCUCGGCACCAUCGCCUCGGGAUGGGCGUGGUACUGGGUUGGAUUUGUGAUCGAGUGGAGGCUUACGCUCAUCUGCCGCUUUGCGGUGCAUAUAGCAACGGUUUCAUUCGUUGGAGACUAUUAG